CUUGUAUUUAGACUACUCGAUGUCAAUCUACCAUGAGAAGCAAUCCAUGCAACUCUGCGCAAUGCACGCCAUCAACAACAUGAUGCAGCAGCAGGUGUGCACACGAGCCGACUUGGAGCAGAUUGCAGCUGGACUUCAUGCCACGACCUGCGACGCUGCUGCUGCUGCUGCUGCUGUUGCCGCAACGACGACGACGACGACGACUUCAACCGAUGACAAUGACUCGACGAUGACAAAGCCCGACUCCAUCUCGUGGACGGAGCGCAUUGGGCGGUGGUGGGGAAAUCCGCAUCGCUCGGUGCUCGGGACUGGGAAUUACGACGCGAACGUCCUCGCUGCGGCGGUCGAGGUGUUUAUGGGCAUGGAAGUCAAGUGGUUUGAUGUCAGGAAACCCGUUCGAGAGAUCUGUCUCGAGGCAGAGGUGGACCAGCGAGAGGAACAGCUCGUUUCAAGAAGCACCGCGGCCAGCCACAGCAAACCGUCGUCCGCCCUAGGCGAGGGCAGCCAGCGACAGCCACCACGUCCGUUUGGCAUCUUUGUAAACAUUGACCGUCCAUUCCUGGCGUUUGGCGCACGGCACUGGUUUGCGGUUCGGGAAAUCGCUGGCGUUUAUUACAACUUGGAUUCGACGCUGGACGAGCCCGAGGCGUUUGCAUCCGUCGACGAGAUCUAUGAAUUUUUGCAAGAGCUCGUUCAUGUCAAGCGUGCGCAGCUGCUACUCGUGCGACCGAGAGCGACUGCCAAGUAGCGAUUGACAAGCAUUUUUGAAUUGUGGUGCUCGUUCGACUUGAGCGGGUUUUCACCAUUUGAGCACAGAGCACUGAGAUCCGAGCACUGAGACUUGAGCCAUGAGAUCCAGCAUCUGAACUGCUGUAUGAUACGCCAGCACUACGCAGACCUGAGCCAUGAGCCGGAGAUCUGCGCACGGAGGCCGGAGGAGCUCUGUCUGCAGCUUUGAGCUCUAUAUUGAAGCAUGAGACUCAGAGACCUAGAAGCACCAAGCUUGGCAGCUCUACGUUGGCAACCCUUGCCAACAACAGGAUGUAACAAAUACAACUUCUAAACGA